GUUUCCUCAACUGGGAUCCUUGAAACUGGAACGUCUGCCAAAUCUCAUUAACUUCUACUCCACAGGAACCAGUGGCAGCCAGGAGCCAAGCAGCUCUUUUUUCAAUCAGGUUGCAUUGCCCAGGUUGGAGUCCUUAAAUUUGCGUUCAAUGGAAAAUAUCAGAACAAUAUGGGACACGUGUGAGGAAGAAAUUUGUUUAGAUGGUCAAAAUGUGAAGAGCGUGAGGAAGAAGGAUCCCCAAGGAUAUCUUGCCUUUCAAAAUCUAAAUUCAUUGAGCCUUUAUGAUUGUACUUCCUUGAAAUAUGUUUUUCCGGCUUCAAUUGUGAAGGGUCUUGAGCAACUUAAGGACCUACAGAUACAUGAUUGUGGAGUGGAGUAUAUUGUUUCAAAUGAAAAUGGAGUUGAAGCAGUGCCUUUGUUUCUUUUCCCUAGACUAACCUCUCUCACACUUUUUUGUUUAGGCCACCUCAGAAGGUUCGGCCAGGAGAAGUAUACUUUGACUUGUUCACUGUUGAAGAAAUUGGAAGUAUAUUGGUGUGAUAAAGUGAUCGUACUUUUUCAAGAAAAAAGUGUUGAAGGUGAACUUGAUAAACAACCUCUUUUUGUGGUCGAAGAGAACGCAUUUCCUAAUUUGGAGGAACUGCGGGUGGGCUCAAAGGGCCUCGUGGAGAUAUGGCGGGGCCAAUAUUCAAGUGAGUCAUUUGGAAAACUAAGAGUUUUAAGUAUAGAAAAUUGUGACGAUAUUUCAGUUGUGAUCCCCUGCAGUAAGCUGCCAGUAUUACAGAAUCUAGAGAUACUUAAGGUGUCUCGUUGUAAGUCAGUGGAAGAGGUAAUGCAAGGUGAAGAGCUUGCGGGUGAGAAAAUUCCCCGGUUAACUAAUAUAUCCUUGUGUGCAUUGCCUAUGCUUAUGCAUCUAUCCAGCUUACAGCCAAUUCUUCAAAAUCUUCAUUCUCUGGAGGUAUUUUACUGUGAAAAUUUGAGAAAUUUGGUAUCACCCUCGAUGGCUAAAAGACUAGUGAAUCUCAAAAACCUUUGGAUUGCGGUGUGCUUCAGUGUGAAGGAAAUAGUACGAGAUGAUGGGAGUGAAGCUACAGAUGAUGUCAGUUUCACUAAGUUAGAGAAGCUACGACUUCGUGAUUUAGUAAAUCUGGAAAGCUUCUCCUCUGCAAGUAGCACCUUCAAAUUCCCGUCCUUGGAAGAAGUAUACAUAAAGAGACUAGCAAGUCUCACACAUCUAUACAAGAUAAUCCCUGGCCAGAAUCUUCAAAAGCUUCGUAUUCUAGAAUUAUUGGGUUGUGAGAACUUGGAAAUUUUGUUAACACUGUCAAUGGUUAAGACACUUGAACAGCUUACUGUGAGCGACUGUGAUAAGGUGAAAGUAAUAGUUGAAAGUGAAGGAGGUGAAGCAACGGGUAAUGAGGCUGUUCACACCAAAUUACGAAGGCUAAAACUUCAGAAUUUACCAAAUCUGAAAAGCUUUUGCUCAGCAAGAUACUGCAUCAUAUUCCGAUCCUUGACAUUCGUGGAUAUCAAGGAAUGCCCUCAGAUGGAAUUUUUUUGCCAGGGAGACUCAUUCACACCAAGUUUAGAGUCUGUAUGGAUGAAUAACCGGCGGGAAAUUUUGGAGAAUGACCUGAAUACUAUCAUACAUAAGUUUACGGAAAGGCAUUCCAAGGGAGAAGUUCAUGAUGAAGAAGAUGCUGAGGAAGGGGAUUCUGAAGAGCAGCAUCACGGGGUAGAGGAUUCUGUGGAAGAAGACACCGAGGAAGAGGAUUCUGGGGGAGGAAGUUGAUCCUUAGGGCAAAGAUGUGAGCGAGAAGCUGUUACAAUUUUUUUUCCCUUUAUAUAUCUUCAAAUGUAAAAAAAACGCUUUUGUUCUUAUCGUCUUCAUUUUUUUUUAGAUAUAUAUGCAGAACUUGGCUUCAUUAGAGGACAUGUAUUGAUACCAUCCCAGUCAGAGAGAUGCUGCCAAUGAAUUUUUCAUCAGUCUCUUUGGUAUGUUUUGCUUUAUGAUGUCAUAUCUGUAAGUUGCUAUUGUUCCCUGGCACUUAAGAGACCAUUCAACUGCUUGGGGUUCAAAAUAUAUAUGUAGGUUUUGUGCACGUUUGACUUAAUUUGCAUUAUUCUUGUGUACGUGUAUUCGUAUUAUAUAACCAAGCUUGUUAGGACCUUUCUUAUUCAAAUUUAAGAAUAGCUUUAAGUAAUUUUUAGUAUAAAA